AUGAGCGACUACGCCCACGUCCCGGGCGGGAAGCUCAAGCUCAAGGGCGACGAUGGCAAGAAGAAGAAGAAGAAGAGGUCACACACGACUGACGACCGCGCACGCCGCGAGGCCGACGUCGAGGUCGCCGAGAAGCGCGCCGUGGCUGUGAGCUCCAGCUCGGGGUCCAAGGACAAGGAGCGCGAGCGCGACCGUGAACGUGACUACGACUCGCGGGAGCGCGAGGACGAGUCUGCCGCUUCCCCGGCGCCCACUGGCCGCCGCAUGACCGAUGCGGAGCGGAGGUUUGAGGAGACGCAGCGUAAGAGGCGCGAGGAGAGGGCCAGGAAGGGCGCACACCUCACGCACAAGGAGCGCGUCAACGCGUUCAACAAGAAGCUCGACUCGCUUUCCGAGCACCACGACAUGCCUCGUAUUGGUCCUGGCUAA